CGUUUUCUUUCCCUCUGUCGUCAAAUUAGAAAGAAAAAUAGUCAUUCCUUUCGCUUUUUUUUUUUUCUCAAAAAAUUCUCAUAAAUUUAUGAUUUUUUUUUAAAGAAAAAGCCGAGAAAAAUCAUAUACCCAAAGCUCCCAAUUAAACUAUGAGCAGCUCAUCCGCAUCCUCUCGCAAGGCGCUGAGUAAAAUUGCCUGUAAUCGGCUGCAAAAAGAGCUUGUAGAAUGGCAGUCCAACCCUCCUUCUGGAUUCAAACAUAAAGUCACAGAUAAUCUUCAAAGAUGGGUAAUUGAAGUAAAUGGAGCUCCGGGUACUUUAUAUGCCAAUGAAACUUAUCAGCUUCAAGUUGAUUUCCCUGAACAUUACCCCAUGGAAGCACCCCAGGUUAUAUUUCUUCAUCCAGCACCUCUCCAUCCACAUAUUUAUAGCAAUGGACAUAUUUGUUUAGAUAUAUUGUAUGAUUCAUGGUCACCUGCUAUGACUGUUAGUUCUAUCUGUAUCAGCAUUCUCUCCAUGCUAUCAAGCGCGACUGCCAAGCAAUGUCCUGAAGACAACGACAGGUAUGUAAAGAACUGUCGGAACGGCCGAUCUCCGAAGCAGACACGGUGGUGGUUCCAUGAUGAUAAAGUUUAAUUGAAGGGAAGAUCAUGCCCUGCAUCAAUUUGUUUUUAAUGACUUUUUUCAUGAAAGUGAUGCUUGAUGCCAUGUAAGCACAUGAAUGAGAAAACUAUAUAUCUUUAUGACACUUUUUUUUUUCUUUUUCUUGGAACAAUAUAGAGAUUUAUGAUCGAAACAUAUAGCUAAAGAUAAGAAUGGGUUUUAAAUCCAAGGGUGAAAUUUGGGUUUUUUUAAA